CUUGUCUAGGUUAUGUAGGGUGAAUGAAUCCUAGGAUAAGCAGAUGCAAUCUCAGGAACACAUAAUGAAGGAGAAGUAAGAUCAAGUAUUGUGGGAAAUGCCACUGGCCUCCAUUGCAUCUAUUUUGGAUCCUCUGCAAUUUGGGAUCUUGUCACACUUGACCAAUUCGAUCGGGACAUUUUGGCCAUAUCUAAUUAUAUCUACAGUUGCUUCAGAAGCUGCGUUUGGUGGUGCAGGGAGGGUCAUUGAUCCGUAUCGGGCAUUAUUAUCCACCAACAUUGUUGAAGUGUUUGAUUUCUGCUGGAGAUCGGGUUCGUAACAUACACGGAAUGAAGAUAUGUUUAGCACACCAGUAGUGGCAAAAGUGAUGAAGAUUAAUAUGGAGCACACAUGGAUGUACUCCAUUUGAAGGACAUAGUCAAGCGGUGUUUCCAAUGCACCAACUUGGUUCCAAGAUGUGUUUGAGUUUGAUAAAAUAACUUGGAAACAUAUUU